AUGUUCCGCACCUUCUUAACCAGGCCAUCUUCAUUGGUUGGCCGUUCCGGCAGCAUGGCGUCGUACGCAUUGGAUGCGGCGCCUGCUCGCACCAUUUCCACCGCGCGCUGCUCCGCCAUUGGCAGGCGAACAUGGUGCCGCACAGCAGCGAUCCUACAACUGCAUGCGAUGGCUCUCGGCAUCAUGAGCGACGCCCUUGUGAACGGCGACGCGGCUUUCGAGGAGGCCACGCCGACAGUCGAGACGUUUGUUGCACACACGUCGCUGCUACUAGAGUCAGAGGACCAGACAUAA